AUGGAUCCCGAGGAGGCGGCCCUCGUGUCGGCGAUCCAGGCGGAGGACACCAGCGACGAGGCUAUCAAAGCCAAGGAGCAGGCCAUCUACAAGCUCGGAGAGCUGUACGCGCGCAAGCGCGAAGGCGACAAGGUCGCGGCACUCAUCUCGUCGCUGCGCCCCUUCUUUGCAAUCAUACCAAAGGCGCGGACGGCCAAGGUGGUGCGGACGCUCAUCGAAGAGGUCGCCAAGAUCCCCGACUCGAUGGCGCUCCAGAUGCGGCUCUGCAACGAGAGCAUUGAGUGGUGCCGCGCCGAGAAGCGCUCAUUCCUGCGGCAGCGGAUCCAGACGCGGCUGGCGGCGCUGCUGCUCGAGUCGAAGCAGUACACGGAGGCGCUCGCCCUGCUCUCCGAGCUGCAGCGCGAGGUCAAGCGCCUCGACGACAAGCCGCUGCUCGUCGAGAUCAACCUGGUGGAGAGCCAG